UGACCUCGCCACCAGAUGUCAUAAAGCCCAUCCCACCAUUAGUAAACAUUCUGCUCUUCUAAUUCCCCUCGUUUUGCUCUUUUUUUGUACCAAUCCAAAGAGCCAACUCGUAUUUCUUUGCGUUAAUCUUGAAGAGAUUUAUAUGAGCAAGCUAGAAAUUGAAGAACCUGGGUAUGCGAUGGACUCGGAGGACGGAGGUUCUAUGACCGGAGCGAAGCGAUGUGUUAUCGGAGUACUGGCGUUGGGUUUAGUCCUGCUGGUCAUUCUGCUGCCGAUGAGUUUCGGAAAUGUUGAAUAUUAUGAGAUCGCAUUCACAAAACAGAAGUCAACAGGCAAAGUGGAUCUGUCCAGGGUCUAUGCAUCAGGUAGAUACCUCAUCGGACCAGACUACACUUUCAAAGCGUUCCCUGCUGACGCGCACUUUGAGUACUUAAAAGACAUCGCCAUCGCUACAAACGAUAAAAUAGAGGCAACAGUCUCAUGUGCUUUCCAGUACUUCUUAAAAGCCGAAGACUUGAAAUAUAUUCAUCAGGAAUAUGAUCUGUACUACAAACCUGUGGUACAGUCUACUGCUAAUGCAGCUAUAAAGGCAAGGACGUCGUCCAUAGGUGUCAUGGAGUUCAUUAAGCAACGCCAAACUGUCGAGAAUGAAAUCUUCAAAGCCGUCGCCGAGAGACUUGGUGGCAAAUGUUGCAGGAAAGACUGCAAAACACACAAAUGUUCUCCGGGCUGUAUUCCUUACUCCAAGUGCAGCAAGUCUGACAAAGGUCUGUUCGUUGAAGUCAGAUAUUUCCAGUUGUUGAACUUCGACAUUCACGAGGACGUCAAGAGUCGGUAUUUGAGGCAAGUGACGGAGAGAGAGCAAGAACAACAGGCCAAGUUUGAACUGGAGGAACAGGUUGUGCGUAAGGAGACGGAUCGACUGAAGAACGAGAUCCUGAACGAAGCAGCAGAGAUCCAACAGAAUUCCACCGCCACCUCUACUGUCAUCAUUGCUAAAGCUGAGGCCAAAGCUCUUGUUGAGGUGGAGAAGGCGCGUAACGCAGGAUUAUCAAAAGUGUUCUCAGAUCUGAAUAUCACAUCCGAGACUCACAAGGCAUCCUAUAUCUAUCUUACUGCAUUAAGACGCCAGCACCAUGCUCGUAUUAAUGUUAAUUAUGGCACGUUAAUGGCAAGGGACUAAACUUGUGUCAAAUUAAGUGAUAAUUUGUGAUAUUUUUGAAGAAAAAUAAGUUCAGUAUGGUCAGUUAUUAUAUGCAGCAAAAGAGAUUGAUAUAAAAAAGUUGGAAAUUUUUGGUUCGUCGUUUCCUGGAGUAUGCUCAACUUAUUCUUGGAAGCAGUACUAAAUAUAUAUUUUGCAAACAUAAAAACGUACAUCCUUUCAUCAGUGCUAUUUAGUAAAAAAUAGUGGUACUUUUUUAUGGA